AGCGCGCUGCGCUCAGAGCGCGGAGCGCAGCGCGGCGGCCGGGCCCACAGGACGAAUCAACCCGGUCGCUGGAUUUCCGCUCAGCCACUUGGCCUGCGACUGUCUCAGGGACCUACUGAAGCCCUCGCCCUGGGGCAGGAUGCCCCAGCAUGUCACGGUGGACAAGGGCUUCCUUUCCAUGCCGCAGCUCCUCUUUCCCAGCAUGCCCUCKGCCACUGAGAACGGGACUGACCCCACCCUGCCUGGCAUCACCCCCGUCUCCCUGUGYUCCACCCACAGCCCCCUGGACUCCUGCGGCCAGCUCCUGUGUGAGCCCAGGGCUGAGAAGCACAGCAGCCUGGGGCCCCGUGAGGUGCGCUACGUCUCCGUCUCCGAGGGUCCCCAGGACACAGAGUGUGGCUGGCGGGCCUUCGCACCCCGGUGCCUGCAGGUCUUCAACACGCCCAAGGGCCUCCUCUUCUUCCUGUGCGUGGCCUCCUUCCUGCAGGGUAUGACCGUGAACGGCUUCAUCAACACGGUCAUCACCUCCAUCGAGCGCCGCUUCGACCUGCACAGCUACCAGAGCGGGCUCAUCGCCAGCAGCUACGACAUCGCCGCCUGCCUCUGCCUCACCUUCGUCAGCUACUUUGGGGGCAACGGGCACAAGCCGCGCUGGCUGGGCUGGGGCGUGCUGGUGCUGGGCAGCGGCUCGCUGGUGUUCGCGCUGCCCCACUUCACGGCCGGCCACUACGAGGUGGAGGUGGAUGAAGGGGCCAGGACGUGCCCGGCCAACCAGAGCGUGGUGUGUGCGGACAGCACCUCAGGCCUGUCCCGCUACCGGCUGGUCUUCAUGCUGGGCCAGUUCCUGCACGGCAUGGGCGCCACGCCCCUCUACACGCUGGGUGUCACCUACCUGGACGAGAACGUCAAGUCCAGCUACUCGCCCGUCUACAUCGCCAUCUUCUACACCGCGGCCAUCUUGGGCCCUGCCGCUGGCUAUCUGGUUGGAGGUGCCAUGCUGAACGUGUACACGGAGUUGGGCCAACGGACAGAGCUGACCACRGAGAGCCCGCAGUGGGUUGGUGCCUGGUGGAUUGGCUUCCUGGGUGCUGGGGCUGCGGCCUUCCUCAUCGCCAUCCCGAUCCUCGGCUACCCCCGGCGGCUACCAGGCUCCCAGCGCUACGUGGCCAUGAGGGCAGCAGAAGCACAGCAGAGAGAGCGCGGCCACGAGGCAGCGAGCAACCCGGCCCGCGGGAGGACCAUCCGAGACCUGCCCCUCUCUAUGUGGCUCCUCCUGAAGAACCCCACUUUCAUCCUGCUCUGCCUGGCGGGGGCUACCGAGGCCACACUCAUCGCCGCCAUGUCCACGUUCGGACCCAAGUUCCUCGAGGCCCAGUUCAGCCUGAGUGCCUCCGAAGCUGCCACCUUGUUUGGGUACCUGGUGGUGCCGGCGGGUGGUGGAGGCACGCUCCUGGGCGGCUACUUCGUGAACAGGUUCAAGCUCCGCGGCUCUGGGACCRUCCGGUUCUGCCUGCUGUGCACCCUGAUCAGCCUGCUGUCCUUCUUGGUCUUCCUCACACACUGCCCCAACGUGCCCGUGGCGGGCGUGACGGCUGGCUAUGGAGGAAGCCUCCUGCCCAGAGGCCACCUGAACCUUACAGCCGCCUGCAACGCUGUCUGCCGCUGCCGGCCCGAGCACUACAGCCCCGUGUGCGGCUCCGACGGCACUCAGUACUUCUCCCCCUGCCACGCGGGCUGCCCCGCUGCCGAGACAGGCCCAGGUGGCCAGAAGGUGUACCGAGGCUGCAGCUGUGUCCCUCCGAGCGUCUCUGUGGAGCCUGGCCACGCCACUGAGGGGAAGUGCCCCUCCGCCUGCCCGAGCAAGCCCCUGCUGCUGGCCCUCGUGUUCCUGGUGAUCCUCUUCACCUUCCUCAGCAGCAUCCCCGCGCUGACCGCCACUCUGCGGUGCGUCUGUGACCAGCAGAGAUCCUUUGCCUUGGGAAUCCAGUGGAUCCUAGUCAGGACCCUAGGCAGCAUCCCGGGGCCCAUCGCCUUCGGCUGGGUGAUUGACAGGGCCUGCCUGCUCUGGCAGGACCAGUGUGGCCAGCAGGGCUCCUGCUUCGUGUACCAGAACGCGGCCAUGAGCCAGUACAUGCUCAUCGCGGGGCUCACAUACAAGGUUCUGGGCUUCCUCUSCUUCGCGGCCGCCUGCUUCCUGCACAAGGCCCCGUCGGGAUCUUCUGAUGGCACGGAAGCCUCCCUGCCYAGCCACUCCUCCGCCUCCGAGAGCCCCACAGAGCCCCAGCAGCAGAGCACCCUCUGACCCCAGGCUGCAGGCCUCUGCAGCCCCCACCUGCGCUCCCCGACGUCCCCUUGGAAGGGCUAGCCCCACCCUGGAUCCUGGCCUCCUGGGGUUCCCCAGCUUCGACCCAGCAACGGCUGGGGGAUCACAGCCUCCGAGGCAGGAGGCUGUCCGAGGUGGCCUGGUGUCCAGGCUGGGCCUUCAGGACGGCGCACCCCGUGGGCGGCUGGCCUGGCCCUGACUUCCUGCCUCUUCCGAAGCCUGGAGCACCUGUGGGAAGGCUGUGCCAGGGGCGCCCCGACUGGACCUGUCGCCUGAGCCGCUGUCACGGCCUGUCCUCRAGCUGUGGCCUCUGCACUGGAGGGGGAGAAACUUGUGUAAAUAUGUUUGUGGACCCACAUUUUCCAUAAAGCACAUUUAAAGAUGUUUCAUACCUGGUCACAGGGGGUGCGUCAGGGCCAACUCCYGUGGCUGUGAAUCCUGCAGGGAGAGGCCAGUAGUCAGCCAAGAGUGCUGCUC